ACGCUGUAUGUUAUCUAUAAUGCUGUACUUCGUGCAGCUGAUGCUGAAGGCCGUGGUUCAUGGCAGACGGUUCAGGCGAAAGGAGUGGCUCCGACAGUCAGGACGUACCAUACAAGCUCCGCUUGUGUCAGAGACAGACUCUAUGUGUUUUCUGGAGGAGACGCUGGCGCUUCGCCUGUCACCGAUCCUCAGAUCCACGUCUUUGAUACGGUCAGUGUGACGUGGCUGCAGCCGGAGAGCAAAGGGACGCCUCCUGCGCCGCGGCACGGUCACGUGAUCACCGCCGUGGGCUCCAACAUCUACAUACACGGAGGAAUGGCAGGAGAGAAGAUCCACAGUGACAUGUUCCUACUCAACACCGAAACAAUGAAAUGGGAGAAGGUGAGAGCUAAAGGAGACGUGCCGCCAGGAGUAGCAGCUCAUUCAUCCGUAACCUUCGGGAAAAACAUCUUCAUCUUCGGAGGAAUGACAUUCUUUCUUCUGCUGGCAGACAAACAGCGCUGGACGCGGCUGAGGUUUGACGGAGACCCUCCUCCCAGCAGACUGGAUCACUCCAUGUGUUUAGUGCCGUGGCGUGUGAAGACGCCUGAAGAACACGCAGCUCAGUCAUGUGACGCAGACGUGGUGCAUCUGUGCUUCAUCUUCGGAGGAAUGGACACUCAGGGCGUCAUCUUCAACGACUGCCUUGUUACUGUGCUGACAUGAACGCUGGGCUUUAAUAUUCAGUAAACCUCUUACAACUCUAAAGUCCAAAAGACCGUAAAAGAUUUGAUUUCCUGAAAAUCCCUUUUCAGCAUUAAAACUAGAUGUUGUAAUUGUU